AUUGUCACGAAGUUUACCACCGAGGUCCACUUCAUGCGAAGAGUUUCACCUUGUCGGGCCAAUUCAACCUCAAGGGGCUUUGGAAGUGUUGCAGGGAUUCGCUCUCUGGGAGGAAAGGAGCGAGAUUGAUUUGAGUUGUUGGUCCGGAAUUAUUCAAUUCCCUGCUCCCUGCUAGACCCGGGCUGCAGACUUCACGGCGAACCCUCCCAUAACAAUUGUCCUCUUCAAACACCGACACGUCCCGAUCUAUGGGACUUCCUGAAUUCGACUUGGUCAGGAAGAUCCAAGUUCUUCCAUGAGUAGCUUUUCAUGCGGCCUCUGGUAUUAACGAUCGUGGUUUUUAUUGCCGGAUACAUUACUGCUCGCUUUUCCCUUAUAACCCAAGCGAUAGAUCUGGGCUAUUUCGCCUGGGAUCACGGAGUUUUGGGGCGGGUUACAAAGGGUUUUUUAAUUUUAUCGUUGUUUUUCUUCUUGUUCUUUAUACCUAUCGAAAGAAUUGCCUCGAGGGAGAUCAGUUUGGGGGAGUUUCUAUUGAUGGGUUCGAAUGGUUUGAUGCGUGUGUUCUGGCCUUUGGAUUUUCAGCGCAGCAGUCAGCCAGGGGUUUUGGUGGGAUGGAGGAACUCGGAGUUGGACAUAUUUGUGGUGGAUAUACUGAAUGGGGUCGAUAGCAGGAGGGUCGCGAAAGAAUUGAGUUCACGGAGUCUUUACCGAAAAUCUCUACAUUCUGUCGAACGGAUAUUUGAGCUUUGCGGUAGAACCGAACUUCACGUCCUCGGGAGUGUCAAUGAAGAGCCAGGUCCAUUGUUUCGGCCAGACCACAUAUACGCUUUUACCGAUAAGUCUUGCCGGUACCCUCAGAUAUUCUGUCCACCGGCCAGCGGGAUCGAUUUCCAAGUGAUACUGUUUCAGAGACCACACCCGCGGCGGAUGCAAUAUCUAUCCUUGACCCCUAUAUCGUUGGCACUGGAGGAUCGGAUGACGAACGGGAGUAUCGGGGAUGGUGAUGACACGAUUGGAGAGCGAUGGGAGAGGGAGCGGAAGGCUGAACUGGUGGAGAAACUUAAACUUCACUCGGUGGUUCGGCCUACGCCGACUAUGAAGGAAAGAAGUUUACAAACGAUAAUUGAUCAGGUCAAUUGUUCGCAUGAGAUGAGGCAAUUGUUGAAGGAAAAUGUUGGGCUUAUAAUAUCCAGACGCUCUAGAAGGAGUCUUAGUGUCAGUGAAAGGGUGGUAGAAUCCGCGACGUCGCUGUGGAGGAUUGUGUUGAAGGGGUUAAUGGAUACAGCAAAGUUUCUGUGGCCAUUUGCUACCAAGCUGUUCGUACUGAAAAUAUUGAUUUGGAGAUUGGUCGCAGAAACGAUUCUAAGAGUGUUGGAAUGGAGGCUGCGGCCCGAAUUGGCAGCAUUGAAGGACAUUUCUGCUACAGCCCAGCAGUUCGAUAUCCGCCUUCAGCAGUUUUGUUAUUGGCCAAUACACCUGUGGCUUGUGGCUAAUGAUGUUAUCAUUGGGAUUGCUUUGGGUUCUUACAUAAUUGAGAACGCAAGUGGGGUGGCAUACCAGAUUGAUUAUUACUUGAGAGCCUACACGGUCGAGGGCAUGAAAGCAAUGAUAAGCUGGCUGAUGGAACACCCCGGUGGUUUGAAGCUCAAUGACGACUUGGGGAAUUUUCUUGGUGAUCUGUUCCUAUGGGUCAUAGAUUACUGGGCAGAUACUAUGACAAACAUCAGACCACACCUCCCUGGCGUAAUCUAUGCUAUUGGGUUCUCUAGUUUUGCGGGUGCCUCAAUGCCUAUAGCCCUGUUCUCGGAUCUUCUUUCCAUCCUAACCUUACACGUAUAUUCCUUCUAUAUCGCAUCCGCGCGCAUCUAUAACUGGCAGUUAACUAUCAUAAUAUCUCUCUUCCAUCUGUUCCGCGGAAAAAAACGAAAUGUUCUCAGGAAUCGAAUCGACUCAUGCGACUACGACCUUGACCAGUUGCUCAUUGGCACUAUACUGUUUACCUUGUUAAUCUUCCUCCUUCCCACGGUCUUGGUGUUUUACCUUACCUUCGCAUCUGCGAGAAUGGCUAUAAUAAUGUUGAAGGCCUCACUAGAAACUCUUUUAGCCUGCCUCAACCACUUUCCACUGUUCGCGCUCAUGUUGCGGGUAAAGGACUCAAAGCGACUUCCGGGUGGUAUCAGGUUCGAGUUAUUAGAUACGGUUGCUGUUGUCAAAGGGUUUAGGAGGAGCUAUGAAAUCCCUCCGCUUUCCUACAUCAAUUUGAAGUCAACCCCCCUACCGUUUGGCGCGAUGUUCCACCAAUAUUUCCAACUCGGCCAGCGAAUCCGGAAACACUAUGUCUCGCCCCAUGUUAUCCUAUGCUUAAUGACCGGCCGUUUCGUACCACCUAUUCAUAGAAAGAAUCUGUAUUCAAUGCAAUAUAGCAUGCUUCCAACGAGGCGGGCAGGCAUGCUGGAACUAUGGAUUAGACUUACGGGGGAUCAACCCGGAAAUGAAGCUUCACCUGCCAAUGGAAGGGCCUUUCGUUGA